AAUUAAUAGUUCCACAAAAAAGGUUUUUCCUGAUGCAACAAAAACUAUUGAUUAGAACUAGCGUCUGCGCAUGCAACUAAACAAUCAUAUGUUAUAGUCGUUAUCAUAGGCAUGUAUGACUUCCAGUAUACACGUCAUAUGCGUUAAAAAAAAUUGAGUUAUUCCAGUGGACAGUUUGUAAUUCAAUUAUUUUAUAGUGUACACUGUUAUUAUAAUUUUAAUUAUCAAUUAUUUGGAGCAAUUGAUUUUUUGCAAUACAUCUGAUCAAUUAACUCUUUAUUAUUGAAAAAAAAAAUGCUCAAUAUUUGUCUGAAAUAUUCGUUGAUACUAUUUUGAUUUAUUAAUUAAAUACUAAUUUUCUUUCGGUUCAAAAGGAAACAAUGAAUGUUGCAACUAUGCUACCAUCAUCAUCGCCAAAUAAAAGUGGAUCAUUGAUAGGUCGUACAAAAGGAGCUGUAUUUAAGUCAGUACGGUCGGCUUUGGGAGAAAGUGGCGAGUAUCUACAAGAAUUGAGCAAUAAAAUUGGUUCAGUAUUUACGAGUAGCUUUGAAGAUAAUAAAGAAACAAUUAAUAGUAAUUUAUCGUCAUCAUCAUCUUUGGGUCAUCCACUAAUGCGACCACCAACACCACCACCCUUACCCUCUUCUCCUUACCAUAAUGACAACAAAAAUGUACAUUAUGAUCAGACAACUGCUAUUAAACGGAAACAUUUGCUUCCUAGAUGUAAUAAUGCUGUAGAUAGCUCAUUUGAAGAUUAUGAAUCAAUGACCAGGCACAAAUUAGAAAAAGACAAUUAUGCAAAUGCUUCACGGUCCCGAAAAAAAUAUCCACCUGGAAUGAGCUACGAAGAAAUAAGUUCUUCACGGAGUUUAAUUGAAAGUGAGAAGAAAGAAAUUCAGAUAAAUGAAGAAAUUGUUAAUAGUCCGGAUAGAGAUAGCAUUGAAAGUAUUGAACCUCUACAAGAAAAGGAUAUUCGAGCAACUGGACCAGAUCCUUAUGAAAAGUUGAAUUAUAAAAUAGAUAUCCCUUGUAGUAGUGAUUCAACAAGUGAUCAAGAUGGAUAUGGACCAAGCACCAGUUUAGAUUCUAACAUGGAUGGUCGUAGAAUAGGAUGGGAAAGAUCAGGAUCUUCUGGUUCUGUACAAUCUUGGGCUUCUAGUUUGUCUGCAGACAGUCAAUCGGAAGAAGCAGCAGCGGAUUUUAUGAAAUCUUUUGUUCCACUACUUUUUGAUUCACCUAAUUCUAUAAAUCAGGAACAAAAAGCUCAUUUUGGUCAAAUGGUUUUAACUGAAUCAGGAAGGAUAUGGUUUGCAAGAGUUGUAAAUGCUAGACGAGCAAGACCGUGUGUUUCUGAAGCAUCUUUUUAUUCAUUAGCACAACAUUUUGCAGUCGCCUUAUUUGAGUGCCAUGAAGCAGAUGAUUUCGCGCCUGCUAAGAGUCUGAUGAAUAUGUGUUUUACAUUUUAUCAUGAAGUAAAUGUUCCUGGAUUAGAACCUUACAAAGAAUAUUUAUACAUUCAUUUACGAGUCCAACCAAUAUGGAAAUCAAUGCGAUUUUGGACAGCUGCAUUUUUUGAUGCAGUUCAGUAUGAACGAGCUACUAGACCAGUUUCUUCUUAUUCUUCCAAUUCCCAUUCCAAUAAAUCCAAGUCUGUAGAUCAUGAAGCACAUGCUGUAGAAGAUAAAAAAUUUCUAGCAAACAUCGUCUUCGGACAAUUAGGAUCUUUCACAUGUAAUAUGCAUGCAUUUGGAUUAUCAAGGAAUCUGUGCCUAGAAUUUUUAAGGAAACAAUGUAUGAUAGCCAACUUAACACAAGAACAAGAAAAAACACUACGAGAUAAUAUUAUGCGAAUGUUUGACGAAUCGGAGCCAUGGAGAUGAUAAUAAGAUGAACUUGUGAAUGUGGUGCCUUAAUAAAUUACAAUGUAAUUAUGGUUUAAUGAGUCGCCAUUUCGAUACAAUUGUCAAUUAUAACAAGAAGAUAAUUAAUAAAAUAUAAUUAAUAUGGAAUAGAUAAUCAUGACAAUUACAUUUAUGAGCUUUUUGCUGAUUCUUUAAAUUCUUGGGAAUGAUUAAAUUUUUAAAUUGAAGAAAACACGAAAAAUUAAACCAUAUUAAAUAAAUUUUUAUGAAUUGCGACAAUUGAGGUUGAAUGAUAAAAUCAAUGGGUUAUACAGAAUUCUCUUUAUUUAAUAAUCCAUGAAAAUUCAGCCACAACCAGUGGGCCUACAUUUUUAUCAAACACGAUGUUUAUGAAUAUCACAAUAUUCUCAUUAUCUUAUUUGUUAUUUUAUCAAAUUUAUUUGCCAAUCUAUCUACUUGAAGUUAUGGAAAGACGGUAUUUGACAAUAAUAUAAUAUAAAAUAUUUGAAUAGAAUUAUGUUAUUAUAGUGAAACCAUUAAUUGAAUUAUUCUUAUUAUUAUAAAAAAGUAAUAACUAUCGAAAAAUGCCUAAAUAUUUGACAAGACAGUUGUUAUUAUCAAUUAUUUA